AUGGACAAUCACGACAUUGACCGGUUUCGAGGUCUGGAUAUGAGUCAUGGUUUCAUCAAGUCGAUAGUAAAAAACCAAAUUGACAGAGACGAAUACCAUAAAGUUAUGGAAGAGAGAAAAAUUGAAGUACAAAGAAAAUUCCGUGAAAGUAAAAGAAGAAAACCUCCUCCAGCUGUCGAGUGUAAACUUUAUGUUCCACCUCACCUUCGAGGGAAGGACGAAACUCCAUCCGUUAAAAGAGAUGCGGCAGAUCGGAAAAAUCCCUGCCCAGCAAUCGUGAGUGAGAUCGAAGAAAGCACUUUAAGGGAAAAAGUCCGAAAUCGAAUACAAGCUCGGCCGGAAGAAACACUCACGUUCAGCCCUACGGGAAAAGAUUCCGUGAGCUCCACGACUCCUUCGCGGCCCAUAUUCCUAUUGAAUUUGAAGAAAAACACUGGAGAUUCUGUAGAUGUUGCUGUAAUGAGUACUGAUAACGCCGCUCGUCUUGCGAAAGAGUUAGGAAGGAAACAUGGCUUCACGGAUGAUCAGUGCCGAAUGUUGAGGCUCACACUUGAAAGAGAACUUGAAGCAAGGCUACCUUCUUAG